CACCCAUACCCAACCCAUUAUCAAUGAGUCUACUUGGGUUUGGGUAUAAUUACCCAUGGGUGGGUAAUUUGCCAUCCCUACUUUUCCCUGUCUUCCCUCGCCCCACUAGAGACCACAAAUCUCGCACCAGAGCCCACCAGACCUCGUUUUCUUUUUCUUUCCUUCUUCCCUCGCGCGGAUCCGCAGAUAGAUUUUGUCUCCCUCCUCCUCUCCCACCUCUUUGCUCGCACAGAUCCGCCCAAGAAGCUUCGUCUUCCUCCUCUCUCAUGCACCAGAUCUGGUUUCAUCUUUCAUCUUCUUCUUCAAACGUCGAGCGACGGCGGGCAAGGAUGGCUGACUCCGACCAUGAUUCCGGCGAAGAGGAAGCUAUUGUCGAAGGAUAAAGGGGUCGUGGAAGAGGGUGGCGAGGUCGCGGCCGCGGCCGACACCAACGUAAGGGAAAGGUCCCCGGGAGAGACUGGAACCUCGCCGCCGGUGUAACAUCCUGACAUUGGGUUUAGGUUCGGUAGAGAGGUUCGAUUGAAAGUUUGGAUUGGCGAUUACGUACGAAGAAUUGCCGCCGUGAACUAGAAAAUAACAAUAAUAAUUGGUACUAAUAUUAUUAUUGUUAUUAAUCACCACCACCAUUUAUUUGUUCUCACCUCCGACAGGAAGCAGUAACAAAAAGGAGGGAAGGGAAUUAUAUAUAUUUAUAUAUAAAAAAAAAGAAUGGGAGGCGAGAAUGAGAAGUUGGGCUUAAAGCCCAAAAGUUUGCUAGUGACCCGGCGGCAGGAAUUAGAGAGAGAGGGUGGGAUUGAGGCCCGAGUGCAAGGAAGGAAAGAGGAAUCGUCUUCCUCUGGAAAGCUCGACCAGGAGCGUGGAAAGAGGGUGAAAUAAAGACAGAGGAACGGCAGGUUGCGGGGAGGAAGGUAAGGCAAUCGAUCAGGCCUCUCGGCGAUAACGGGCGUAGGUUUUGGGUAACGGAAAUGGCGAUUUCAGAUUUUAAUUGGGACUUAAUGGCUGAUGUAUUUAGGGUCGUUAGCUGAUCGGGAUUGGGUUACAAUGAUGAGAGGGCAGGAGAAAUCGAAAACCGAAGAAGAAGAGGUGAGCAGUGAGCAUCUGUCCCUGGAAAGGCUAGAUGGAGCCGGCACCAAGGGGAAGAGGAGCGAGGUGGAUCCGAACGAGGGUAGUGGCUCGGGGACGCAAGAAGAGGCCCGGAAGCUUGACGACGGCGAGAAGCUUUGCUGUGGACUCCGACGUUGGCAGGGUGAAGGAUAGCACGGAACCGUCGAUGAGGCCAAACGCUUACCUACCCAAACGACGUGGAAUCUUGGCAAUCCGGCAUUUCCCUCCGAACUGUGGUCGGAGAGGGGAAGUCGAAGGUGGGAUUGACGGUGGCGGGGGUUUCUCGCGGAGGGCGGCCGUUGACGAGGCGAUGUUCGAGGAAGAAGAAGAGGAACCUGAGGAGUCGGUCGUGGAUGGGUUUGAGGAGGAGGAGGAAGGAGGCAAUGACGGUGGCCGGAGCUGGGGCGGCAACGAGAAAACCGUGAGGAGCGACGGCGAGGUAAGACGCUCCUGCAAUUUUGGAGUCAAUGGCAUUGAGUUGGAAAUUUGAUGAAUAGUCAAGGACGUAUAUGUCUUUUUGGAAUUGGGGGAGAUUUGGUAAAAUUAGGAAGUUUAGGCGCCGUAAGUUAAUUGACCAGGCUUGGGAUGAGUUCGGAAUUGGUAAAUAUUUGGGUACCGGAUUGAAAUAAGCCGUUUGGACUGAAGUGUUUAAAUCAGAAAGUGGAAAUUGGUAUGAAGGACUGAAUUGAGCAAUUCUGGAAAUUUGGGGCCCAAUUGUAAAACCUGGGAAUUUCGAGUACCAUUUGGUAAUUUGCCGUUUUGGGGCAAAAAGGUAAUUUUCCAGAAUUUUAUGGGGAAUCUUAGGAAAGAUUAAAUGGAGGAAAUUGGGAUUGAAAUUAACCAAAUUGAAGGUCGUUUGGUUAGUUAAGCUUAGAGAUAAGUGAGUUAAGUUUUGCCUAAAUAUCUAAUAGGAGGAAAUGCAAAAGGAAGCGAAGCACGAGGAGUUGGAGCGUGGAGUUUCGGAGGAUGACGUGGGGCAACCGUCGAUUAAGAAGAGUCGUCUUUUCGAGGUGAGUGUAAAGGGGGUAAAAUCUCCGUCGUAGGUCUUUUAGUUUAUGCUUUUCGUUCAAGUUAUUAAUUAGUUAAUUUUUUUUAGUAAGCGCGAUUAUGUGUGUGAGGCAUCCCACCGCCUGUAAAGGUGGAGGCACGCGUUGUGCUUAUGUAUGUGUGUGUUUAUGAUGUAUGGAUGAUGAUAAUUGAACCCCCGGGCGGUUGGGCCACUACUGGACGCGGUAGAUGGUCGGGUCACUACUGGACGGCGAUACGUAACGCAGUAGUUGACCGGGCAUGGACUGGACGGCGAUACGUAACACAGUACCAUUGCCUUGAGGAUAGGGACACCAGACGGCGAUACGUAACGCGGUGAUUCCCUAGUAAUAAGUAUAUAAGUUAAGGUAGUAGUAGAGAACUUCUAUGAGUUAAGGAUAAAAGUUGAGAAAUUCUAUGAGUUAAGUUGAAAUGAGUUGUUAAGGAUGAAAGUGAGAACGACUUUCAUCUAAGGAAAGGAAACACUAAUAACGUGUUUUAGUAAGGAGGUUUCUAAGGGCAGAGACCGUAGGAGGUAACGACGAGACUGACCCCUUCUCACUCACCAGGUUGAGGAAGGGAUAGCGGAAGUGGAUCCCGAGAAGAAGUAAGAUGAGGCGAGCGGCCGUGCCAGUACUGGUGAGAUGUCAAGGAGCUGGGUGAAGAGUUAGAGUUAAAAUUUGGAAGUUAUUUUAUGGUUAUGAUCAUGAGUAUAUGUACUGGAGAUUCCAGGUUCAAGAUUCUGUUAUAAGUCGUUUUGAGUGUUUGAGUUGAGAUUUUGCCCAAGUGUUAGGGCUUUUCGUUUGAAAUUCUUAAAUGAUGUCAGUUUGUUUAUUUUAACAUGUGGUUUGGGUUGCUCCGGAGUAACCGGUUUUUGGUUUGAGUUAUGGUUUGGGUUUUGAAAAGAGACGGGACGUUACAGCCGGCGAGUUAUUAUUUUUUUUAAUAAUUAUUUUUUUCGUUUUUCAGCUCCUAGGAUUAUGGAUACUUAUUACAUGAGGCAACCACCCGCGACAAUUAAUCCAGCUCCGAUCGAUUAGUUACUUCUUUGGGCACAUGGUCAACAUCGUACCGACUCAGUUUGGACAAACGAGGUAAGUCUUUCAUAAAAACAAUUUUUUAAAGUUAAUUAGCUAGUUAGAUUAGAUGUUUAGAUUAGAUAGAUUUUACUAGGCUCCUCUUCCUCGUCCUCUCCGUCAUCAUAAUCAUUAUCAAAUGGCACACUUCAUGUCUCAUCUUCACCCUGACUAAUUUCACCAUGUAUCAGCACCCAAGCAAUAAGGGUUUUGUGUCAUAAAAUUGGAAAACACAUUUAAGCUAUCAUCAUCAAGAAUAGGAAUCGCAUAUUGAAAUAGAACAUCAUUCUACCAUUCUGGAAGUUUGUAAGUGAAAAUUUUAACACCCUACCCUAUACGUUUUGCCUAAUCAUAUUGUUCAUACAAUUGCAGCGGAAAUAAUCUCGGUGUUACAUUAAUUAUCAAAAUUUACCUAAAUAAAAUUUCGACAUGAAUUACUCGCGUAAUGGGCUAACAGCUCUUGCAACUUAUCCUGCAAAAUAAUUCAUCACAAACAUAUAUACUCGCACCCAUAUGCAUUGGCUUUUCUUAGCCAUAGCCACACUUUUCAUACUCCACAACUGCAUACCAUACUUAUACAUACCAUAAUCGUCACAACUUACACAGUUACACAACAUAUACACAUAUCAUCAACUUUCCACACCUGUGGAUAUCUCACACUACAUCAGAAGCUAGUAUGCACAUGAAAAACGUUCUCAAAACAUUUUUACAAAAAGGUGUGGAUCACUAGCCAAAAUCCCGAGUAGUAGUCCAAGCACAGAAUAGUUGAAGACUAUACCUCAUCUUGCCUUCAACUCUUGCUCAGCUCCCACCUAUACACCUAUCUACUGCUGCUGAUGAUGAUCUGGUUACACAUAACAUAAGCAGAGAAGAAGAAUAAAAGAGGGUCAGCUCA